CGCACCCUAGAUCAUCAUCAUUUCAAGGGUAUAUAAUCUUCCCAUUCGGCACUUAGACGGCCUCUGCCAUUUCUAGAGUUCAUCUUCCACAUCCAGUCCCAGGUAUUUCAUUUUCUAAGAUCAAAUCCCCACUCUUCGUUGCUUCGAUUACAAUAUUUAGCAAAUAGAAAGUCUUGUUUUGAACUAUACAGAUAUGAAGCUCAAUUUACGGAUGCGUUUAUUAAUUAACAGACUUGUAGCUCUGUAGAAAAAAAGUUGCAAAUCUGAUUUUUUGUUAGUAAUGCCAGUUUUAAAAUUUGUUUUUUACCGUUAAUAUUUUUUCGUUGCUCUCAAUUUGAUCUUUUUUUAAGUCUCAUUAAUCUGGUUAUUAUGAGAUUGAAAUGAACUUAUGUUCUGAAUAAAUUAGAUAAAAAAAAAAAGAAAACAAUUCGUAGCAUAAAUAAAUGCUUUAUUGAUAUAGGCUUAACAAUUUAUACCUACUCCAUAUAGCUAUUUGUAUAUUUACCCAAGAGAAUAUAUUUCAACUCCGUAGCUAUAAAUCAUAAUGUGUCCAUGUUUGUAUGUGUAUAUAAUACACUGAGGUCCCAUGCCAAAAUAACAUGGUUAUUUAGACAAUAAUUAUACACGGUUAAAAGUUCUAAUUAUUUCCUAAAAUAGAAAUGAAAACCAUUGGUUAGGACAUCCAAAGAAUGAAAGGGGAACCUUAAGCUGGGAUGGAGAGAGUAGUAUAUAAAUCAUUCUGUGUCUAUGCUUGUAUAUAGUUCUGGUUUAAUCCAAGUCCUAAUAAUAACAAACAUUUGAACCAUUUACAUAUCAUUAUUUAUCAAACUGUAACACGAGAUUGUUUUCUAUUUGUGAUGACAGGGAUCUUAAUCCUAUAUUCGUAAGUGAACAGCCUCUAGUUAUGGCUUAUAAGGCGGUUAAGACCACAAAGCCUGGGCUGGAAGAGCCACAGGAGCAAGAGCACAAAAUCAGAAUCACUCUGUCAUCAAAAAAUGUGAAAAACCUUGAGAAAGUUUGUUCUGACUUGGUUCGUGGGGCCAAGGACAAAAGGCUUAGAGUUAAGGGUCCAGUCAGGAUUCCCACCAAGGUUCUCCUUAUCACCACUAGAAAGUCUCCAUGUGGAGAAGGAACCAACACAUGGGACAGAUUUGAGCUAAGGGUGCACAAGCGUGUCAUUGACCUAUUCAGUUCACCAGAAGUUGUGAAGCAGAUCACCUCAAUCACCAUUGAACCGGGUGUAGAGGUUGAGGUCACUAUUGCUGAUCCUUAGAUCAACUUUGAGUGUGUUAGGCACUCACGGCUUGCUAAGCCUUGUUUUUGCUUUGUACUAUCUCUGUGAGUUAUGGGUCUCUUCUGAAUUUCCCUUCUUGCCUCCAACCUCUGUAGACAUUAUGUAUGAGUUUUGUGUUUUUGAUGAAAUAUGGUGGAACAUCUUUGUCGCGAAAUCUUACUCCGUAUUGUAGAAUAUUUUAUUUGAUCUUUUACAUCUUUAAAUUGUGUUAUCAUACAAACCAUUGAAGCUACUAAUUUGUGGUGAAUAUGUUUAAAUUGGUUUAAUUGGUCAAUAUGUUUAAAUUGUCUGA